CACGCAGAGAUGCCUGUGCGCGCUGUGACCACCAGGUUCAUGUACAAGGGACUAUGCACCAUCCCGGAUGUCCUCACCUACCGGACCCCUGUCAGCCUGCCGGAGGAUGAGGUGGAGGAGAUCCGCGAGGCGUUCAAAGUGUUCGACCGGGAUGGGAACGGCUUCAUCUCCAAGCAGGAGCUGGGCAUGGCCAUGCGGUCCCUGGGCUACAUGCCCAACGAGGUGGAGCUGGAGGUCAUCAUCCAAAGACUGGACAUGGACGGGGACGGCCAGGUGGGGUUCGAUGAGUUCGUCACCUUGCUGGGUCCCAAACUGUCAGCAGCCGGGAUGCCGGAUAAGUUCCACGGGGCGGACUUUGACUCUGUGUUUUGGAAGUGCGACAUGCAGAAACUGACGGUGGACGAGCUGAAGAGGCUUCUCUACGACACUUUCCGGGACCACCUGACCAUGAAGGACAUCGAGAACAUCAUCAUGACCGAGGAGAGCCACCUGAACAGCCCCGAGUCCCACGUGGACAUCGACACCAGCCCCACGCAGCAGGAGAAACACACCUGCGUGCGUAAAAGUCUGAUCUGUGCCUUCGCCAUCGCUUUCAUCAUCAGCGUCAUGCUCAUCGCCGCCAAUCAGAUGCUCAGACGAGGGAUGAAGUGAAUGUUCCCGGCGUUUUUUUGCGAUAAACCAAAUAUCUUUUCUGUCUCGCAACGUUUCCAACUUGUCACCAGCUUCUUGAGAACAAAUGAUGUCAGACGGUAAAAAAAAAAAUGGAGAGAAACUUCACAAUCCAAUGCAAUACAGAGUCAAUGAUUCUCUUAUUUAUGAUAUAUAAUUAAAUGUGUGGGCUUUAACACAGCUCAACUUAUGGAGGUGCCAGAUUUAUUGUUAAAAAAAAAACUAGAGAUGUCCGAUAAUAUCGGCUUUAAAAUGUAAUAUCGGAAAUUAUCGGUAUCGGUUUCAAAAUUAUCAGUAUCGGUUUAAAAAAGUAAAAAUGUAUGAC